UGUGUGUGUGUGUGUGUUUCUUUCUUCUUUUCACGUCAACCAAACGCGGCUGCUCUCGCCCAAUUCACCCCCUCCCCCAUAUCAAGAAACCGCAAACAAACCACCACUUGUUUUCUUUCACGUAAACCCUAAUUCAAUUUUUCCCCCACUUCUAAAAGCCCCCAAAACAGAAAUUCUACUCACUAAACUGAUUUCUAGGUUUUCUUUUUCCUUUCCCCCUUUUGUGUUGUUCUUAGUUUCCUAGUAUCUUGCCCCAAUUUUCCAGGAAAAAGAAAUAAAGAUUCUUUUUUUAUCUACUUCUUCGUUCCUGCAAUGGCGAACGAAUAUGGAGAUGGGGUGUCGUGGUAUCGGGGUUCAAUGAUCGGAAAAGGAAGCUUCGGGCGUGUUUACCUAGCAACAUUGAAGAAACCCAGAUCAAAAUACAGCUAUUACCCAUCUCUAAUGGCCGUCAAGUCCGCCGAGGUUUCCGCCUCCGGUUCAAUUCAGAACGAGAGGGAGGUUCUCAACGCCGUCAAAGGCUGUCCCAACAUAAUCAAGUGCUUCGGCGACGAGACUACUACCGGCCAAAACGGCGCCGUCGUCUACAAUCUCCUCCUCGAGUACGGCUCCGCCGGCACACUGGCGGAGAAAAUCAAGAAUUCCAACGCCGGCGGCGGCGGGGGUUUGUCCGAAUUCGAGGUUAAGAGAUUCACCAAGUCGAUUCUCACGGGUCUGAAUCACAUCCACGUCAGCGGCUAUGUUCAUUGCGACAUUAAGCCGGACAACAUCCUGCUGUUCAGCGAUUUCAGGGCGAAAAUCGCGGAUUUCGGAUUGUCGAAGAGGGUUGCUGUGAAGCAGAGCAAGAAGAGGAAAUUGAUGGAGCCCUAUUGGAGGGGCACGCCUAUGUACUUAUCCCCCGAGGCUGUAAUCGAUAAAAUUCAAGAUCCGCCUAGCGAUAUCUGGGCGCUGGGAUGCAUCGUGCUCGAGAUGCUGACGGGGAAACCCGUUUGGGAAGACGAGAAGAAAGAAUUGACAAACGACGAAAUUAUUGCGAAAAUUGGGGCGGGGCGAGAAUUGCCUAAAAUCCCGAUUGGGGUUUCGAAGGAGGCGAGGGAUUUUCUAAAGGGUUGUUUCGUGAGGAAGUCUAUGUUCAGAUUGACCGCCGAGAUGCUGCUGAAUCACCCGUUUGUCGAAGGUGUCGAAAUUUUCGAUGAUGAUGAUGACGUGGCGGACGAUGAGGAGGAAGAGGAAGAAGUGGAGGAGGAUUUGAGUGAGAUUGAUUCGGUUUUGUUGGUGUCUGAAAGUGACUGUGGAGUUAGUUCGUGUUCGGAUGAUUAUUCGUUUUAUUAUUUGUCCGAUGAAAACGAAGAAGAAAAUGGUGAGGAUGAGAUUAGUUCGAGUGUUUGUGAAGAGACGAAGGUUUCGACACAAGUUUUGUCGGAAAGUAGAGAGCGUUUUCCAGUUAGUUUUACGGUUCCCUCAGCUGUGUAGGGAAGAAUUUGUCGACUCGAUUUUGAUAGGUUUAAUCAUUCAUUAGUGAUAUAGCCUAGCUGAUAGUCUAUAUAUAUAUACUCCAUUUAUGUAGUAAUUAAUAUGCAGAGGUUGUUGGAAUUAGAUUGAUUCUUUAUUUUUUUUCACACUAAAUAUUAUUGGAAAUGUUUCAUUUAUUAUUGGAAUUAUUCUCUACUGUC